CUCACGCACUCGGACCUGUUUUCGUUCUCCAUCCGAUCCGAACGGAUACGCCUCGUUUCGUACCGUUACCGUUACCGCCGCCGUCGCCGUCGCCACCGUCACAGCCACCACUGAGUGCCGCCAACAACAGUUGGCCCCGAAGAAGAAGAAGAAGAAGAAGCAUAACAACAACAAGAACAGAGGUCAGCGGCCAAGUGAAGCGGUCUGGAGUUUCCUAGCGGCUAGGGCUACACUUGCCAAUGCAAAUAUAAUGUGACAAGGCAAGAUGGACUUCCAGAAUCGCAACAAUACGGCCAAUAAGUUCGUCUGUCCAAGCGAUAGACAACUGGCCCUGCGUGCCAAAUUAAAAGCCGGCUGGAGCAGCUCGAAGACCAGUGAGCCGCUGCGUCCGGAUGAGCAGGAGGCGAUCAUCUCGGUGAUCCGGCGCAACGAGGAGAUCGAGGUGGCCGAGCGGCAGCGGGUGGGGCGUCUGGUGGAGCGUGUGGAGAAGAUCAAACAGCAUGCGGUGGAGCGGGGACCCAACUGCUGCCGCCUAUGCGGCGACACCUUCGGCAUCCUGCGGCCACAGCGCAUCCUGUGCGAGGACUGCCGCCAGUCGGUGUGCGCCAAGUGCAGCGUGGACAUCAAUAUCCGGUACCACACCAGCGAGCGGGCCCGCGAGAUCUGGCUGUGCCGCAUCUGCUCCGAGACGCGCGAGAUGUGGAAGAAGUCGGGCGCCUGGUUCUUCAAGGGUCUGCCCAAGUACGAUAUGCCGCGCAGCGCCAGUGCCACGCCCAUUCCCCAUGCCUCGGUACCCGGAUCCAUGGCAGGAGACACUCGGGCCGUUCAAAGUUGCCAUGCGACGCCGACACGUCCGGCGCGGGUGAAGAAGCUAACGAUUCGGGUGAACGACAGCAGUUCCAGCAGCAGUGGCCAUUCGGAGCCGGAGGACGAGGUGGACGCCGCCAAUGGUCUGGGAUCAGGCAUGGGCGGCGGCGGGGGCGUGGCCAAGGGCAUGUCCUCCGGCCGAUUGCAGCGGGAGGAUAGUUUCCGGCUGAGGGCAUACGGCUCCAUACGCAGCUUUAUCGACGGCGGCGAGCGAAAGUUGUCCAACUCCUUCUUCUUUGGCCGCCAACAAAGUCAGCGGCCAUCGGAGUGUCCCGAAUACGACAGCGUUAGCAUGUCCAAGCUGCGCAGGGAGAGCAGUUUCCUGCGCCGCGGCUCUGUUAGCUCCUCCUGGUCGAUCAGCGACAGUUCCGGCUCCGGAUCGGCCAAUUCCGGCAAUUCCCAGUCCCAAUCGCAAUUCCAGCAACAGCAACAGCAGCAUCAGCAGCAGCAGCAGCAGCAACAGCAUCAGCAGCACUGCCGAGAUCCGCUGCUCGGUUGGCUGGAGAUCGCCAUCAGCUAUCGAGAGGCCUUCCACAGCCUCGACUGCACCAUGGUGCGGGCGAGGGAUCUGCCUGCAAUGGACGCCGCCGGACUGACAGAUCCCUACUGCAAGCUGAACAUCAUCACGCCCGAGGCGCACACCAAAUACACGCGAUGGCAGCGCACCAAGACGGUGCACAAGACCCGCAAUCCGGAGUUCAACGAAACGCUGCAGUUCGUCGGCGUCGAGCCGGAGGAGCUGGGCAACUCGCUGCUCUACGUGGCCCUCUUCGAUGACGACAAGUACGGCCACGACUUCCUCGGCGCGGCAAAGGUCUGCCUUUCCACGGUGCACAGCACAUCGCAGUACCGAAUUUCGGUGCCGCUGGGCGUGGAGGACCAGUACAGCAAUGCGGCGGAGAUGGCCCAGAAUUGGCCCAACGGCAAGAUGCUCCUCUCCCUGUGCUACAACACCAAGCGCAGGGCGCUGGUGGUGAACGUGAAGCAGUGCAUCAACCUGAUGGCCAUGGACAACAACGGCAGCUCUGAUCCCUUCGUCAAAAUCCAACUCAAACCGGAUGCGCACAAGAACAAGAAGCACAAGACCAGCGUCAAGUGGCGCACGCUCAAUCCCAUCUACAACGAGGAGUUCUACUUCGAGGCCAGUCCCCACGACCUCAACAAGGAGAUGCUCAUCCUGACCGUGUGGGACAAGGAUCUGGGCAAGAGCAACGACUUUCUGGGCAGCCUGCAGCUGGGCGCCCAGAGCAAAGGCGACCGCCUGCAGCAGUGGCUCGACUGCAUCCGAUUGCCGGACCACUUCCACGAAAAGUGGCAUUGCCUCGCCCCCGAAAAUCCCGCCCACUGAGGAGCCCAACCAACCCUCCAAUCCAAACUCGAUCCACCCCCAUCCAUAGCGAUUCGAUCUUAUCUGAGUCGAUAUGGAAGUUUUCCUUUAAGACACAUUUUUGCGAACUGAUUUCUUAGCCUAGUUGAAAAUGCACAAUUGGUAGAAAGCCUCACAAUGCGGGUGCCACAAAAUGCAAUGGAACAUUAAAAAAAAGGUGUCUAAAAGUAUGCAAUGAAAAACAGAACAUCUUCUUUCGGAAUAAAUCCCGAAAACUUUCGGACUGAAAAUCUAUUGUUACAUACUUUUUGGCAACCUUUUUAGGUAUAUUAAAAAAACAGUGAUUUCUGUGGCACCCCCAGAUAGAAUUUUUAAAGAUUUAUCUAGUCAAGUUUUGUGAAAAUUUACCUCCGUCAAAACAGACUUCCUAGAGAUUAAAUUAUUCGAACUAUUUUCAAAGUUUUGGAAUAGUUUCUUAUUUAAGUCAAUAAUCAAGUUAAAUAAUCAGCUAGUUUUAUAACAGAUUACUUAAAUUAUUUUUUGCAUUAGCCUUUUACAACUACUUUAGCUUAAUACGAUGAGCUUUAACACAACAUUUCACCAUAUAUUUUGUAGGUCAAGUAUUUAAUACUUUGAAUAAUAACAUUUUGAGAAUUUGUAUGCCGAUAACACAUUAAAUAAGAGUAGUUUUUUUCUUUAAUAAUAUAAUACUAAAUGUAAUUUUUCAGAUUUUUUAACUGGGCUUUUGGAAAUGAUCGAUAAGACUAAUUGCGCUAUAACUGUGCGGAGAAAUCAGGUCGUGAAAAUAAGGCUUUAGCUCCAAAUAUACACAUAUAUAUUAACAUAUAAAUACAUAUAUAUUAUAUACAUAUAUUUUUGAUAAGCCUGAGUGGGUGUGAGUAAGCGAGAACAAGCUACAGAGAGAAAGAGAGGGAGAGAGAGAGAGAAAUAUUGUGUGUGUUUGUGUGACUGCUUUCCAAAAUCUCGUACGUAACCCCAAUUUUCUAUGUCUAUACUUUGACUCUUAACGGCAUUUUUGUACACUGUAUAUAGCUUGUUUAAGUGUCCUUACAAGGGUUAACCAACAUCAAAAUCUUUUCGAUUCAUUGCUAACUUCAAUCUAUAAUCAAACGUAUACUUAUGUACUUCAAUUUAUCGAAAUAUAUAUAUAUAUAUAUUCUCAAAAAAGAAUACCAGUUUUUUUAAUUUUAAGGUGCUUAAAGAAAAGAGUCGUAUGUGAACAAUCUGGAUUUGGGACAUCGAACUAUAAAAUCUUACAGAUUAUUUUCUUGAGACAUAA